AUGGCCGAGCCCAUCCAAAAGAGACGCCUCCUGCGCAUGACAGUAGCGCAAUACCGCCAACCAGACGUCAGUGAAGAGGACUUCCAUCGCUGGGUGACCGAGCAACAUGCCGCAAGCGCGGCCAAGGUUCAUGCCAAGAAUGGGAUCGAGGGUUUUUCGAUCUAUUUCGCUCCGAAGUCCUUCCGGGACAUGACGGCGCAGUUGAACGCCCAAAGGGGUAGCCCCUGGGUGGUCCGCGACUACGACGCCCAGGUCGAGUAUUACUUCCGCGACAUGGAGACAUUCUACAAGGGGGCGUCAGACCCGGAGUUCCAGGUGCUCAAGGCCAAGGAGAAGCCCUUUAUUAGUGGAAUCCAUGCCGAGAUCAGUAUCGGGUGGGUAGAGACCUACGUGAGCGAUGGGAAGGUGGUGAACAUCGGUGAAGAUGGUAAACCCGAAUAUCCAGCGUUUGCGCAGCUCAGUGUGGCGCCCUAG